CCCACUCUUUCCCGUGCAAUCGGGGAAGGGGAGGAGGAAGAGAAGGAGGAGCGCUAGACGCCAGCCAAUCCGGUGGGUGCGAAAGAGCCAGCGCCUCAUUUGAAAUCUUGCAAGAGAAGAAAGCUGGCCGAAGGCAGGGGUGGCAUAGCUAAAUAACAAGCGGUGCAGGUUUUUGAAGAAUCCAGCCCUGGGGAAGGAUGGCAUCUGUGUUCCAAACUAUGGGAUCAAGCAUCGGCUGGCGGAGCCAUCAAAUCCUGUCUGACUCUGAGGAAAGUCCCAUGCCAGAUCGAUUCAGGAAAAGAUCUUCUCUGAACAUAAAUAGUGUACGGAUGUCCCUCCGGAAGAGAAUGCCUUUAAAAGAAGUCAAAAUGAAUUUUGAUGAAAAUCCAACUUGGGAGAGCCUGGAAGCUAAGGAGAAAAGCUCAAACCUCCGGAUGCUUACAAGAACGGCCAAAAAUGUAUUUGGAACGAUGUCACAGAAAAUGCAAAGAAGCUGCCAAGCCCCCUCUCGUGCUUUGGCAGCUUCAUUGGCCAAGGACCCCAGAGGCAAGAGCAGAAGUUCCACAAAACCUCCAAAUCUCUCUCCCCGGACCCCUUGUCAAAACAAGAAACUGGCUUCCAUCUCAACACCAACAUCCAGCACAAGGAUUGUAUCUCCAUCCAGCAAGAAGUCUGGGUCCUGUCAGCGUAAGAAAAACCUGCCUCUCCGGAGGUCCAUGAGGGCUGCAGCCUUGAGAAGCCCAUAUGGUUCUCCAGUUUCUCUUGCUGUGAGAAGGCAGCUGGAUUGUGAUUUGGAACUGGUCUCAACAGGCAUUCGUCAACUGAAGCGCCUCUCUUAUGCUUUCAACGACAUCAUUGUUCAAGAGGAGAGAGAUCAGGCAAUCCUAAACUAUUAUGAAAUCAUGGCACAGAACAUUCGGACGAUGCAAUUGCAGUCUGGAAGCCUGGCUCACUGUUUUCGGAGGCAGGCAAGGAGAGUGCGGUGGACCUGCAGCAGCUGGGCUGAAAAUCACUUCAGAUAGUAUUAAUCUGGAAACAUUUGAAGGAUGGUCUUUUGUAUGUGUUUUAAUAAGCUUUUAAAAUCCAUAUUGAAUCCACUCCAAAUAAGCUUGUAUUGUAAACUGCUACCUUAUAAGAGACCUCAAGGGUCCUUCUUAUAGACUAUGUAUUCAAGUUUCUGCACUGAAAUUAACUCUAUUUAUAACCUUAAGCCAAACUGAGGUUGCAUUCUGGACUUUUUUUUCAUUGUUACAGAGUCUUAACAACUUUACUCUUUAAUCCAUACCUUCUUUCAGCAUCUUAUUCUCAUUAUGCUGGGUUUAAUGAGUUGUUGGAACUGUGUACUCUGAAAGAAAGAAAAAGUACAAAAUGUAGUAUGGAAUUCAACUUUCUCAGAAUAUUUGAUUUAACUAAAAUAAAACACUAACAUUCAGUUUCUUAUGGCCAAAAAGAUGUCUAGAAGAUUAUUGUAAUAUCUUUGGGCACUGGAUAUGUUGUUCAGAAGCCUCCAGAUUCAAGAUCAACUCCACACAGGUAGUCCUCGACUUAUGACUACAAUUGAGCCCAAAAUUUCCAUUGCUAAGCAAGUCAGUUGUUAAAUCUGUUUUGUCUCAUUUUAUGACCUUUCUUGCUACAUUUAUUGAGUGAUUCACUGCAUUAUUGUUAGUAACAUGGUUUCCCCAUUGAACUUUGCUUGUCAGAGGUUGCAAAAGGUGAUCAAAUGACCCCAGGACACUGCAACCAUCGUAAAUACAUGCCAGUUGCCAGGCAUCCGAAUUUUGGUCACAUGACCAUAGGAGGUGCUUCAAUCAUCAUGUGAAAAAUGGUCAGGAGUCACUUUUUUCAGUGUCAAUAAACAAAUGGUUGAGAACUA